CGCUUUUAAGUAUUAUUUCACUUAGUGGUUCAAAACACAAACGAAGCACUUGUCUGGGGUUUUUGUUGCUGCUGUCGUUGUUUUUUACUGUCACGUUGGUGUCUGUCAAAGUAGCGGUUUUCCACUGAGAUGUUGAUAAACUGUUUGAGUGUCUUUUUUAGGGGGUGUGACACCACCAAACUAACACUCAAAUAAGUAUGAGCAUAAUUUUUUUAAAAUAAUAUAAACUGUCCUUGUACACUGUAUUUAAUCUUUGUUUAAGCGCGCAACAAACAUUUUUUGGAGAAAUGCGUGCUUGACAGUUAGUGGCUCAAGGUUUUAUUUUUUAUUUUAACCGUAUUUAAAUGGCUAGUGUUUGGGGGAGUGUCUGCAUUUGCUUUGGGUAACUCAUAUUAUAUUUUCUAAUGGACCCUAAAUGACAGCUGCCACUUUGAACUUACUGCAAAGUUGGAACAGUGCUUUAGACUACUUUAAAAUCUUUCCACUCUAAAUGUAUUGCCCAUGUUUAGGAUCUCUGCUCUCAGGUGUUUGGGGUUCGUUAAAUUCGCUGCACCGCGUGAGUCCCUCGGUUUCGCCAUUACGUCAUUCUGCAGGCCGGUUAGACGGGUUGAUUUAGGGCCGUAGACGUUUUCAGCAAGCGCACCGUUAACCCGUCUUGCCAUUUGAAACUCGGGUCGUCGACCCGGCUGAAAUGAACGAUGAUGUCAUGACUGGGAUGACGUCUAUAUGAUUUGGGGAAUGAUCACGUUGAGUUUGCAGGUUUUUAGGUCUUAGUGAUGAAUGUUGAUCAGGACAGGCCAUAUGUAUGCACUGCACCUGGAUGCUCCCAGUGCUUCCAAAGAGAAGAUCACCUAAUUAUUCACAGACACAAACAUGAGAUGACCCUCAAAUUGUCUUCUAUUAAGUGUGACAAUAUACUUUCUGAUCAGACUCCAACUCCAACCCGUUUCUUGCAGGACUGUGAGGAAGUGGGCCUCUUCACUGACUUGGAGCUUAACCAGUCACAGGAGGAGGACACCAAAGUGAACUUUUCUUUACAAGCGUCAGGUCACAACCAGCCACACAAUGAGACACAGCCUCAGCAGGGUCACCAUCAUCAAUUUCAACCUCGACAGCAGCAGCAGCAACAAUGUGCUCUGGCACAUCUAAACCAGAACCAGCUCCAAACACACAGCUCACAGCCUCAGUCUCAAUGUACUGCCACAUACUCCACUUCAAAUAAACAAUCUGCACCCAGCUGUCUACACAACAGACAGACGCACUCUGUAGCCAACACUAUGCUUGGGAUAUCAACCAUGAAUAUGAAGGCACAGUUGUCUAUAGACUCCAGUAUGAUUGGUAUACCAGGCCCCGCCCACUCUGGCUCAAGUGUGUCCCUACAGAGGUCAAAGGUCAUCCCAAGCCACAGCCAAUCUACCAUUUCCAAUGGCAGUCUGAAUCCUCUUUGCCACAUGAUGGAGAUGAUGUCAUCACAACAGCAACCACUGUCGCAUUUACAAUCCGCACCUCAUCGUCAUACAUACCAGCAGCACUGCCACAGCCAAUCACCACAAAGACUUACACAUCAACAUCAAAGCCAAGACCAAUCACAUCACAGCCAUGCUCACCUCUCUCCACCUGAAUCGCACUUGCAUCCUUCCCACCAGACUGCCCCUCCCCUUUCACAUCAUCCAAUACCUCAACAGAUUUCCUCUGCACCAAAACAGACUCCGCCUCCCCUCUCACAUCAGCCAAUACCUGCACAGAUGUCCUCAGUCUCAAAACAUACACACUGUCCACAGUCUCCUCCACAGGCAACUGGGGGUAGACGUAGACGGUCAGGAGAAGUAAAUCCAGAUGAGCGUAGACGGAAGUUUCUGGAGAGAAACAGAGCAGCUGCCACGCGGUGCAGACAGAAGAGAAAAGUCUGGGUGAUGUCAUUGGAGAGAAAGGCUGAGGAGCUGACACACUCUAACUUACAGCUACAUAAUGAGGUGACAUCACUCAAGACAGAAGUCACUCAACUCAAGCAAAUUCUACUUGCACAUAAAGACUGUCCUGUCUCAGUAAGACAGAGGGAAAUGCAAAGUGGAGUUGGUAGCCCAACAGGAAGUCCUGUCCAGCAACAUGCCGUUCAGCACAACAGCAUCUCAACAUCAAGUUCGAAUCUACCACACAGUCACCUCAUCACACACUAACACCUGCUAACACACCACACAAACUAUGACACACUUCUUAUGUCAUCUAUUAUCAGAGCCAUGUUAUUAGGGCAUCUGUGACCAAGCGGGUGCAUUAGUACAAAAGCCAUAAUGAACUGUAAAAUGUCAAAUCAAGUUUGAGGCUUGGAUUUCUAGACUGAAAGGGAAUGUAUACACCACAUACUGUAUGUGUCUGUAAUGUUCAGUCACCCUUACAAAUAAGAACAUUUAAUUAAAAGUCUGUUUAUAUUUUUCACCCUUGAUAUCUCAGGUAAUCAGCUAAGGGUCCGAUGGAUUUUUCCAGGUGUUUGAUUGUAACUCAAUGUGAUGAAUUACAAUUCUGAAAAACAAACUGGAUCCGUACACUAACUAAAUUGAGUUUUCUUUGUCUCUUACCCUCUUCCUACAUCUCUGACUGUUUCUCAGUCUCAUCCGUACUCUUAAAAAAAGAAAACUGCACUUUCUCAGGGAUUCUCAUCAUGCGUGUGUGUGUAUGUGUGUGUGUGUGUGUGUGUGUGUGUGUGUGUGUGUGUGUGUGUGUGUGUGUGUGUGUGUGUGUGUGUCACUUUCAGCAUAAUGCUUUGAUAGCUUCAGUGAAGGCUGUGUGUGUUAAUUUCUGUAAGUAACGGCAAAGCCGCAUGAAAUACAGUGAAUCAGGACAACUUGUAAACUUAUAAUUGUAAAUAUGAAUCUUUUGCUUUAUAAAUGUAUGAUGAUGCAGCAAAAGCUGUUGUUACAUGUUUGUCUUCACUGUAAAUAGAGUCCCUUCAGUAAAUUAUCAGGUAUCACAUUACCUAUGAAAGUACUGAGAUAUUUUUACUAUUAAAACAUUUGUGAUAAUAGAAUACCAUGCAAGUAAAGAUGCAUUAUUUAAUAUAGAUGUAGCAAACAUCAGAAAUGCAUUAACUACAUUGAGUCCAACAGUAAAGGAAACAUGUAUAACUAAUAACAUUUUCCAAAUAAUAUGACAUAGCAAAAUUAUUCAUAUUUACUGGCUCUGUGACAAUCAAAAUGUCAGUACUGACAUUUCCUGAAAAUUACAUGCAAGUAUGAGUAUCUGUUAUUAGAAAUGCUUGAUAAAGCAUUUAUCCUUUUACAUUCUGUGGAAUAUGGAAUUUAUGAAUCUAGACAUAUGGAAUACUAAUGUCUGUAAACACUGCAGAUUUGAACUGCGUUAUGCAUGUAAAGUUUUCUGAAAUAUUUAACUAUUUUUGUACACAUUUGUUGC